UGUAGCCGAUUCACAGUAAAUAUUAUGUAACUUUUUUCCUAAACGAAAUUCAAGACGAGUUUUUUGAUAUUUUUUAUCUACUGAAUAAUCGCGAAACACUUGAGAUGAAUCGACAUACAUACUACACUAUGAACAAACUAAAUGACAAAUGAUGACAACUACAGUACCAUAUAAAGUGCUGUAAAUUCCCUACAAAUUAAGAUAUCGCCCUAAAUAAAAAAAAGUAAUGUUCAAAAAACAUGAGGCAGCAUCUGAGUCUUCUUAAACAUUCUCGUCUGUCAACGAUUCACUCCACAGGGUUUUUGGAAUAAAAGCUUGCUUUUCAUUAUUUUUGUACACCCCUGAAUUCAACGAAAAACGAAGUAACCGACGACGGCAUUUAAAGUUAUAUUCCUUUGGAAUCAAGCUAAAAGUAAAAAAUAAUUGCUAAAACCGGUCGAAGGGUUCGAGAGAAAAUGAACUACACAGUUUGUUGAGAUUAUGUCCCUAAUUUUGCCGGUCAUUAUUCUAUUAGCUUUCGCUACUUUUGUAAAUGCAGGCUACUUAGAACAGGGCUCAGAAAGCGAAGGCAGCAUUGACCACUAUGGAGGAGGAGCAGAAGCAUAUGGUGAUGAGCAUAGUGGUUAUGGUGGGGAAGACAAUAAACAAGAUUAUUAUGAACAUCCCAAAUAUCAAUACAACUAUGCCGUAAACGAUCAUUUGACUGGAGAUAUCAAACAACAAUACGAGGAAAGAGAUGGAGAUACAGUCAAAGGAUCUUAUAGUUUCAAAGAAGCUGAUGGUUCUACCCGAAUCGUCAAUUACAAAGCUGAUAGUAUCAAUGGCUUCCAAGCUACUGUUGCAAGAAUUGGAGGUGAAAGCAAAAGUGAAUACAACGAAUAUCCUAAACAUUACUAAUGCAUCUCCAACUAAAAAUCUUCCCAUAAGUUGAAAUUGUUCAUUAAUUUCAUAGAAUGGCGACAAUCCAUACAAUCAAGACAAUCCAAGAUAUAGGUGAAAUAACAAAAAUUUUUAAUGGAUUCAUAAGAAGAAACAUCUGCAUCUUCUGCAAAAUCUGUGUAUGAAUGAUAAGCUCGAUUGAAAUGGACUCAAUUUUAUUUUAUUUAUAUUUUUGCACACUGUGAUUAAUGAUUUGCUUCCUUUUAUUUUAAAGUAGCAAUGAAUAUUUUGUACCCAAAGACUUACUA